AUCCCUCAGUCCGGCAAAUACCCAAUACGCAAAGCGACAAAAUCAAAUCAAAUUGAUCAAAUCGUCGAAGUGUUUCUCUGCGUCUCUGUUGGGAUUGGCGAAGUAGAAGAAAGGCUCAAAGAUGGAGGAAAAUUUGAAAAUGGAGGCAGUAAGCGAAGUUGAAUUAGACGAUGAACACGAUUCUAAAGAGAGCGUUGUGCAGAGAUAUUUUCUUCAGGAAUGGAAGCGUGUCAAAUCACUCCUCGACGAUAUUAUUUCCAUUGGCCGUGUCUCCGAUAUCUCUUCUGUGCAUAAGAUCCGAUCUAUCAUGGACAAAUAUCAGGAGCAAGGUCAAUUACUUGAGCCUUACCUCGAGAGUAUGGUUUCGCCUCUCAUGUCCAUUGUCCGUUCAAAAGCUGUCGAACUGGGUGCUGCCUCUGAAGAAAUUCUUGAAGUAAUGAAGCCUAUAUGCAUCAUAAUCUAUUCUCUGGUGACAGUUUGUGGCUACAAGGCUGUUGUCAAGUUCUUCCCUCAUCAGGUCUCUGACCUGGAGCUUGCAGUAUCUCUCCUGGAGAAAUGCCAUAAUACACAAGCUGUAACAUCAUUAAGACAAGAAAGUACUGGAGAGAUGGAGGCUAAAUGCGUGAUGCUAUUGUGGCUUUACAUUCUUGUAUUGAUCCCGUUUGAUAUAUCUUCUGUGGAUACUAGUGUUGCAGAUAAUAACUACACUGGAAGUGAUGAGCCACCUCCACUUGUACUAAGAAUCUUAGAAUUCUCUAAAGACUUCCUUUCAAGUGCAGGUCCUAUGCGAACCAUAGCUGGCUUGCUGCUUUCAAGGCUUCUAANUUCUCGUGCAUGCACAGUUAUGUUGGUUAAUGCAAAUGAAGAGAUACGUGCUAGAGUAGCAUUUACUGCAUUUCACUUUGCUUGUUAUCCAUAUUCAUAUUUGGUUUCCUGCAAUUUUGUUUUCAGCUUUGUGGAUUGGACACAUGAAGUUAUGACGUGUCUUUCAAAUGAUGUUGUCAAUCAUUUCCGGUUAUUGGGUGCAGUUGAAGCACUAUCUGCUAUUUUCAAGAAUGGAAGCCCUAAAGUGCUGCUCAGUGUGGUUCCUGGUGUUUGGAAUGACACAUCAGCGCUGCUAAAGUCCAACACUGCAUCUCGAAGUCCUUUACUUCGCAAGUACCUUGUGAAGCUAACUCAAAGGGUUGGGAUGAUCUGUCUCCCUCCGCGUUAUCCAGCAUGGCGAUAUGUGGGAAGAACCAGCACACUUGGAGGGAAUAUUACUGCCAAUGGAAUAAAAAAGGACCAAUUCAAUGACGCUGGAAACAAUGAUCCUUCAUACUUCUAUCAAGACCCAAACUGUCAGGAAGAAGAAGAUAUAGAUGUCCCUGAUCUAGUAGAAGAGAUUAUUGAAUUACUGCUAUCAGGAUUGCGUGACACGGACACCGUUGUGCGUUGGUCUGCUGCAAAAGGUAUUGGCCGUGUUACCUCACGGUUAACUUACUUGCUUUCAGAUGAAGUCCUUUCAUCUGUUCUGGAGCUCUUUUCGCCUAGCGAGGGAGAUGGCUCAUGGCAUGGUGGUUGUUUGGCGCUGGCUGAAUUGGCACGUAGAGGAUUGCUGUUACCUGUUAGUUUUCACAAAGUUGUGCCUGUUGUUAUAAAGGCAUUACAUUAUGACAUUCGAAGGGGUCCACAUAGCAUUGGAUCUCAUGUACGUGAUGCUGCUGCUUAUGUUUGUUGGGCAUUUGGCCGUGCAUAUUACCAUGCAGAUAUGAAAAGCGUACUUGAACAGCUUGCUCCACACCUUCUCACUGUGGCAUGCUAUGACCGUGAGGUUAAUUGUAGAAGAGCAGCAGCUGCUGCUUUUCAAGAGAAUGUUGGACGACAAGGAAAUUUUCCUUAUGGUAUCGAUAUAGUGAAUGCAGCUGAUUUCUUUGCGCUUUCGUCACGUAUAAACUCCUAUCUUCAUGUUGCUGUCUACAUUGCUCAAUAUGAUGGCUAUCUUUAUCCUUUUGUUGAUGAGCUUCUGAACAGCAAGAUCUGUCACUGGGACAAAAGUUUGAGAGAGCUUGCUGCAAAUGCCCUUUCUUCUCUUGCUAAGUAUGAUCCUGGACAUUUUGCUAGUACUGUUGUGGGAAAAUUAUUGCCUUGCACAUUGUCUUCUGAUUUGUGUAUGCGUCAUGGUGCAACUUUAGCUAUUGGUGAAGUUAUAUUGGCCCUUCAUGAGUGUGACUAUGUUCUUUCCCCAGAUCUGCAGAAUCAAGUUGCUGGUGUGGUUCCAGCAAUUGAGAAAGCACGGCUAUAUCGGGGAAAGGGUGGAGAAAUAAUGCGUUCUGCUGUUUCCCGUUUCAUUGAGUGCAUUUCUUUAGCUCGUGUCCAAUUGACAGAUAAAAUAAAGCGGAGUCUGCUUGAUACACUCCAUGAGAAUUUGAGACAUCCUAAUUCCCAGAUACAGGGGGCUGCGGUUGCAGCCUUGAAAAGCUUCUUUCCUGCUUACCUUGUGGCUUCGGAAAGUAAAGGCAUCAAUACCAUUACAUCAAGAUACCUUGAGCAAUUGACUGAUCCUAAUGUGGCUGCUAGACGAGGAUCUUCACUUGCGCUUGGUGUUUUGCCAUAUAAGUAUCUAGCUAAAGGAUGGAAGGAUAUACUUUGGAAGCUUUGUGCUGCUUGUGAAAUUGAGGCUAAACCUGAAGACAGAGAUGCUGAAGCACGGGUAAAUUCUGCCAAAGCACUUGUAUCAGUGUGUGAAAUUUUGACCGCGACAGAAGAAUAUUCUCAUCUAUUCUCUGCAGAAGAAUGCAGAUCUCUGUAUGUUUUUAUUAAGAAUGAGGUUAUGCAGACUCUAUUUAAAGCUUUGGACGAUUACUCUGUAGAUAACAGAGGUGACAUUGGUUCUUGGGUUCGUGAAGCUGCCAUAGAUGGCCUUGAGAGAUGCACAUACAUUCUAUGCAAGAGAGAACUCAAGGGCUUCUCAAGCAAGUCCGAGAAAAUGGAACUUGGAUCUGUUUCUCAGUUCGAUGAGAAAGAUAGUGCUAACCAGAUGAAGAUUCUUUUUGAUGAAAAUGUGGCAACCUGUUUAGUUGGAUGCAUUGUUAAGCAAGCAGUGGAGAAGAUGGAUAAAUUAAGAGAGUUAGCUGCAAAGGCUCUUCGAAGAAUUUUGCAUAAUAAAUCAAUUUUUGUACCAUUUAUACCUUAUCGAGAGAGACUAGAACAGAUUGUUCCUGACGAUGCAGAUCUGAAAUGGGGGGUACCUACUUACUCAUUUCCACGUUUUCUUCAGUUGCUUGAUAUCAGUUGCUAUAGCAAAUAUGUGAUAUCGGGGUUGGCUAUUUCCAUCGGUGGCUUGCAAGAUUCAUUGACAAAGGCAUCAGUCAGUGCUUUGCUUGAAUUUCUUCAGUCAACAGAUGAACAUGUAAAUGGUUCUAGAGAGUACAAUCUUUCUAAUGACAUUCUUUGGGUUCUUCAAACAUACAAAAAUUGUGACAGAGUCAUAGUACCCACUUUGAAGACAAUUGAGAUCCUAUUCAGCAAAAAGGUAUUCUUAAACAUAGAGGCCCAGACUGCAGUAUUUUGUGCCGGCGUUUUAGAAGCUCUUAGUAUAGAGUUGAAAGGAUCAAAAGACUUCAAGAAGCUGUAUGCUGGAAUUGAGAUACUUGGAUAUGUUUCAUCAGUAUCAGAGCCCAUCAAUGUCCAGGCAUUCUGUCAUUUACUACCUUUCCUCACCUGCGGAUUUCCAAAGAUAAGAAGAGCCAGUGCUGAUCAAGUUUAUUUUGCGCUCCAACAAAAUGGAACUCUUGUACCAGAAGACAAACUAGAGAAAGCACUUGAGAUUAUCUCCGAAACUUGCUGGGACGGUGAUUUUGCAGAAGCAAAACAGAAGAGAUUAGAGCUCUGCACGACGUGCAACCUAGACGUUGGGACACUUUUGGAAACAAAUGUUGGAACAGCCCACAAAGUUGUUGAACAGGGACUCACCAGUGACGAAAAUGCAUCAUACUCUUCACUUGUUGGAUCAGCUGGGUUUUAGUUUCCUUGUUUUACAUUUCGAGAAAGAGUGCCUAUGGUAAUGGUUCAAAAGUGGAGUGUUGUAAAGUAGGACUAAAUGCUUGUCAGAUCACUCAGAAGUAUGGUAAAUAUUCUACAUGCAAUAUUAUCACCUAUGCGUGGUAAUUAAUGUAGUUAAUCUCAAUUUAUAGUUUGACCUUCAUUCUG